AUGCUCCUCACUGCGGUGUUGGCCACGGUGAAUCGGGUCUUUUAUAAAGUGGCGCUCGUGCCCUUGGGUGACUACGUCUUCUUCUUGGCGCAGUUUACCACCUUCGGCUACGUCUUUGUCUACUGGAGCGCCUUCCUCUUCAACCGCAGCCGAGGCGCCAUCUCAGAUGGGCAGCUGUCCUUUGCUGGACGUCGAUGGCAGACCUUCGCUUGGAUUGGUGCUCUUGAAGCUGGCUCCGUGCUGCUGGGGAUGCUGAGCGCCAAGUCCUUGCCAGGCGAAAUUCUGCCUGUGCUGUCGAAGCUUUUCUUGGUCUUCCAAAUGGCCUUUUCCAAAAUGCUGCUUAAGCGAAGAUAUUCUCAAAGCCAGCUGUCAGGCUGCGCCCUUUGCGUCCUGGGUGUGGUUGCCUCUGCAGGCAGUAGUCUCAGACUGCGGAGCUUCGAUGCAUCUCCGGCUGUGCUCUUCAUCCUCUCACUGGCCUUGCCUGCUUUGGCAUCAGUGUUAAAGGAGAAGCUAUUCGCCGAUGCCCGCGCGACCUUGAGUGAAGAGCUCAAUGUCUUUGUGGUGAACACUUUGGGCUCCAGCUGUCAGGCAGUCUGUGUGCUGCUCCUUUUGCCCGUCUUGGCCGAGCUCCAGGGUGUCGGGGACAUCCGGGAGUACCUGGAGGAGGGCGCCAGUGCCUUUCUGUCUGCGCCGAUCUGGCCCUGCUUCUACCUCGCCGUCAACCUCUUCUUCAACGUGAGUGUCCUGAUCUUGUUGCGGACCACCUCCGCGGUCUCGGUCUCCUUGGCCAUGGCUUUGGCCGUGCCCAUCACCGCUUUGGUCUUCGCCAGUUGGGAUGAUGUGGGACCCUUCAAGGCCCAAUUUUCAACACCAACCCCGGACAUGAGUGCUAUGCUGAAGCUGGGAGGUGGGUUGCUCCUGACAAUUGGGAUGAUGCUCUCAGGCGUUAGCUGGAAUCCAAUCAAUGGCAAGAUGGCCGGUUUUGCUGGAAUAGUUGCCAUGGGCUACAUUGCUUACCAUCUUUUCCAGCUGGAUGGAAUCUUCGUGCCGCGUCUCCUCUACGUGUAUGCGUUCGUGGUCUUUCUGGGAGCUUUGCACAUUUGUGCCUUCCCAUCCAAUCCAAUGCCCAAAAAGACCAAAGAGACCAAGAACAACCACGGCAACUUUUCGGACGUCAUUGCACUUAGCUUGAUCGCUGUGGCUCUCUCAUGGUAUUUCUACCCCCAGCAUCUUUAUCAGGACUUGGGCCCUCUCAAGGCGCAAUUUAGGAACGAAAGCGCGGAUCUUUCAACACUACGUGGCUUCGUUGCACAAAGAUCACAAAGGUAA